CGCAGUGAGGAUUUGAGAAGCAACACUUUCUCACACGGAACCUUUUCUCCUCUGGAUGUCCUGGAUGCCGAAACAAAGUGUCCCACAGAUCGAUACACUGUUGCAGCAGGGGCGUUAUUAUCUGUGAAGUGGGUUUGUUCUAUGAUGCCACGUUGAGAUGACGCCUGUGAUGACCUGAGCAGCUGAUCCUCCGGACUCUGACCAACUUCUCUCGUCUUUCACUCCACUUCUUCUGGAUUCCUUCCUCCUCCGGGUCCUGUCUCCUCUUCUCCGGGUCCUGUCUCCUCUCCUCCCCGGCGUCCCCAUGGACUGACGGCCGCUACCGGAGGAAUGGCAUCGGCCGUGUUCGAAGGCACGUCGCUGGUCAACAUGUUCGUCCGGGACUGCUGGGUCAACGGGAUCCGGAGACUCAUCAUCAGCCAGCGGGGCGAGGAAGAGGAGUUCUUCGAGAUCCGGACCGAGUGGUCGGACCGGAACAUUUUAUACUUGCACCGCAGCUACUCGGACCUGGGCCGGCUCUUCAGGAGACUGCUGGAGUCCUUCCCCGAGGACACAAGGGACCUGUCCGAGAGUCCACUCAUAGAAGGACUGGUAAAGAUCAAGGAGGCAAAGGACAUCGAAGAGAAGCUGAAUGAGGUGGAGCGAUUACUGAAGAACGCCAUCAACAUGCCAUGCAAGUAUUCCAGGUCGGAGGUGAUGUUGACGUUCUUCGAGCGGUCACCACUGGACCAAGUGCUGAGGAAUGACAAGGUCCACAGAAUCCAGCCGUGCUUUCAGAGUCCAAUCAAGAUAUCAGAAAUCAUGAGGUCGAAUGGAUUCUGUCUGGCCAACACAGAAACCAUCGUAUUUGAUCACAGUAUCCCAGAGGAGAAGGAGAGGCCUCCGUCCACCGACUCUGUGGAGCAUACGUACGAGGACGGAACCGAGUUUUUGCAAAUGGAAUCAGACUUGGUUGAUGAGGAUUCAGAAGCGUAUGUCACCAACCUCUCCUACUACCAUCUGGUCCCGUUCGAGACCGACAUCCUGGAAUGAGGAUGUAACACGACAGACAAUGGACGGUCCAUGUUGACAUUGAGGAUUUCAUACUCUAAAAUGGAUCCAAGCUAUGCAGUGCUGCACAUAGCUGCUCCAGUUAAUGCUGCUUCAAGUUUUAUCGCCCAUUUUUAUCGUCGGGCAGCUGCAAAUCAUGCACCGAGACAUUGAGAUAAUGUGAUGUCACCAGGGUGCCUUGUCCACAGCCUCGUCCACAGCCUUACCUGAGUGUCAAACCAGAUCAAAAUAAGAUGGAAAUACAAGACUUCAGAUUAUGGAAGGUGUUCAUCAUGUGAUGGAACCUGUGGAGGCCAAAGUUGAUGUCCUCAGGUCCCAUGACCACUUUAAAAGAACUGCAUUUUUAUACACCAAUCACCACAAGGACGAGAACUUCACAUCAAAUUGAGCUUAUCGGACCAUCGACUGUUACUUUUCUGAAUCUACCAGCUGUCCUCCUGUUUCUACAUCUUCCAUAAUCGGAUAUAGUUGUUACGCGGAGAUCUGCAAAGCAUCUGGUUCCUCUCCUUCAAGCUGCUUUGCACAGUGUUACCACUCUGCCGUUUGAUUUGCUGUGGGAAGACAGGAAGCUGUCAUGAAGCUCUGUGUAUCAUCUUUAUUUAUGUUCCACCAGCAUUUAGGACGUUCUUUUAAUAUACCAGCUUAAAAUUAUUUUUCUUUUGUUGCCGUAUUAUGCAGUAAAUUGUUUGACAUGAGAUUUUCCCUAGAUCCAGGUGAAACAAGGCAUACAUAGCUACCUCUAAGCUCAAUAGAUAUAAUUUAUGGCAAUUUAGCCAUCUAGAUUCAAGAUAAAACUAAUUUUAAUGACUUAAAUCUGCAAAAAUGAAAUGUAUAGCUUGAUCUAUAGAUUUUUUAAGAUUCUUCAAGAACAUUAGGUAAGAGGACGCAAUAACUGAUGAUGGGAACAAGGGCUUAGUUGUGCCAAAAGCCAGAGUGUGGUGCUAGAGAUCAGACAUCGCCCUAAGAUGGACACCAGCAUGAAGCCCGAGCUGAAUGAGAUGGGUCUGACAUGUGGAGAAGGCCCAACAGGAAGCCCAGGACAGACCCAGAUGGAAGCAGAUCUUCUUCUGCCCCUCAAGGGACAAAGAGGACUUAAUAAUGAUAAUAAUAAUACAUAUAAUAAUAGGUUUUACAUAGCUGCAUUUGCUUGCCUCUGUUUCACUCGGUUCUUCGGUUAGUGUCAAGUUAAAGAACAUGAAGUAAAUAUUAAGUGCCAUUAUCAUUUUCUUACAACACUCUCUUUCCAAAGUCAGAAGUUAAUUCUGCCUUUUUGGACUCUGGCGAGAGUUUUCAGAGACGUUUUCUCAGAAUAAUAAAAUAUGAAUAUCUGUUCAUAGUGUCGCAUGUAACGUCGCUUAUUUUGUUGUUUAUAGUCCAAUAUUUUCAUGUAUCGGAGAAUGUGUGUUGCCUUUAGCUGAACAACUGAAUCAUCUCUGUUGCCGGCUGGUGAAAUGGGGCAAAGAGUGCUUUGUUUUGUGGGUCAGUUGAGGUCGUAUGUGACCCGCUCUGCAGGAUGACGUGAGUGGGUUCCAGCAGACAUCUGACUGUGGGAGUCUGCAGCUCGCUCUGCGAGCAGGGAAAACAAGUCCUCCCUUUUUCUAAGGAAAAACAACCUUGCUGUACUUUCUAGGAAAAGAGACUUGAUUAAAAUUCACGCCUUUUCUGUGUUUUAUGGCUUCUCGCGCAAUAAGAAGAGUGUUUUCACUUGUGUAACUGAAGCUGUGGAGCCCAGCGGAGCAUCACAGGGGAUUUGAAUGCAGCUGAAAUGUACAAAUUACAUUUUUGUGUCAUGUAAAGUGCACGGAAGCCCAUCGACAUUCAUUGUGUUGUCAGUGCAGAAGUCAUUGUGGCCGUACAAUACAGGCUCACAGCUUGAGUCCAGUUUUCCACCCUCCUAAACACAAAGGCCUUCGAGCCUCACACUCUUGGCACGCAGGACACACAGGAUGGUCCUCGGCGUGAGUCUGUUUUGUAACACAGUCAUGAUCACGACUCGCCCCGUGAGAAAGUCCAGCUCUUUCUCAGGGUGUGAAACUGUUUCAUGCUCUUUUUUUUAUUGUUCUGUCUUUUCUCCAAGAACGACAGAUAUUCUUUUAAAAAAUAAAGGUUUCCUCUUACACAAAGUAUUGGUGAAGAUGAUUCAGUAACAAGAAACUGUAUUUGUUUAGAUUUUCAUGCCAAGGCCACAGUUUCUCUGCUGAUUGAUGUUUCCUAUAAAGAUCAGAAUAUUAACACUCCUCCCUCUUUGGUCAGGGUCAUAUAAACAUUCUGCCACAGUUUCCAUGAAGUUAUGAUAAAAUGGUACUCAGCUGACAGGAAUGAGUACCAGGAUGCUCCGGUCUCAGCAGUUUUAGUGAAUAUUUUUUAAAACAUUUAUUUUCUAAACUCCAGCCACACUCUGUGAAGCCACCGUUCUACGUGUCUUAUGUUUUAGUGUUUGACGAGAGAUGUUCUGAUGUGUCAAUGUUUCAAAAAGACUGAAGAUAAUGUUUAUUAUAAGAUGAAGUAGCCACUUGUUUAAUAACUUAAAUUUUUUAUUAAGACAGUAUUAGAUACAUAUUAUUAUUCUCAACGCUUCUCGGAACAAAUGAAUAUGUUUUCAAUAAAUUGUGAAAAGCAU